AAUGAACCUCGAACUGCCGAAACCUAACGUUAACUUAACUGACUUUAGUCAGCACGAGUCGACAUGGCGCUGCAGAGUCCCACCGCUGGAUUUAAAACCAUAACUGGUUACAUUUUACCAGAACGUCACGCUGUACAGUCAAACCAAGAAGACGUUUCAGAAAGUGAAGAGGAAGAGGAGGGAAUACAGCCCGAGUUUCUGGACAUGAAAGAGAUGGACUGUGUCUCAUCUGGGGGAAACAUGUUUAAGUCUUCCGUGUCAGCGUCAAAAGAAGUGCCAUUCAUGGCUGGUAAUAAGAUGUACCAGGUUGAGGGCCGUUUUCCCCUCCAGGAUCCCUGGUGGGAAGUAACCUGUACAAUUCGCCAAGGCCUGCACAAAAAUGUAGUCAAAGGCUUCCCCUUCUACAGGCUCCGCACUGAUCUAGGAUCAGAGGGCCGGUCACUUGUGUCUCUUUUUCUUACAGCAUGUAAGGCACAACCUGACUUUGUUAACAUGUUUAUAGAGUGGUUGCCCAAUGACAGACACGUGGACCCUGCCAAUGUGCUGGACGUCCUGCAGGAUUUUGAAGAUUCAUCUCCUGAGAAUAAAGCUGUGGCUGAACAGCUCAAGUCAAAAGUCAAUCACUCAGUUUCUUGGACACAUGUGAGAGUUGCCAGCUUGUACCCUGAAAUCAUGAAAUACUUACCAACAUUGCUGCCAGGCCAGUUUAUGGACAUAAUAAACAAAGGAAGGAUAGAACACAUGCCGGAAACUUCCAAAAAAGAUGAUCCUACUACACAAGAACAGAACAAUACAAAUGUAUUGGCCAAACUUGAGGAGCUCAUUAAGACUGAUGUUUGGAAGUUGGGCUUCAGUUAUAUCAUGUUUAAAGAAUUACACCUGAUCCGGUGUGAAGCACAAAUGGAGGCCUUCAAGCAUUGUCAUUUAUUUUGGAGUAUCCCGGUGGUGCAACGUAACGCUUUGCUGUUGUAUACAGAACUGAAGAGACACUGCAGAGCGACUGGCAGCACAUACGCUGACCGCGAGAAGCUGGAGAAGAAGAUAUCGCGUGAGACGGGACAUCAGGGUGCCUGGGAAGCUUUAGGUUUUCUUGUGGAGCAGGGGGUUCUGAUAAGAGAGGGCGACAGGGUGGCACUUCGGAACCUCUUUGGCUACGAGAAAGGCAUUGCUGAAUUCUUAAGGGCCCUGGUUGAGGGAGACCCCUGGAAGAUCCACUUGGAUGUGAGAGAGGUUCUUCGCGAAGCUCACCUGGAUAGAUUAAGGGCGAAGGCCCGUGAAAAACACAGUAUGACUCGUUUGAGGAUAUCUAAGGCUGAUGCAAAAACAUCAGUCUCAGAAGCACAAAAUGACAUUGUUCAGGAGGUUGGGUUUGAGCAGAUAGAUCCUGCUUUUGCCCAGCCUGGUACUUUAAGCAUGGUCCACAGUGGAGGAAUGCCAACAUGUAAUUCUCCUCAGUCCUAUGAAUUUACAAAGCUCACUAUUAAAGAGGAAAGUAUAAUUUCAGACUCCUCAAAUGACUCCACCUACUUUGAUAUUGAUCCCUCUACUAUAGAGUUAGACCCUGAUCAAUUGCGAGCAGCAGAAAUGAUGUGCGCCAACCCGGUGACGGUUAUCAGUGGGAAAGGGGGUUGUGGGAAAACCACAGUGGUCAGCCUGGUGUUUAAGGCGGCCAUGGAGCAACAGACAAGUGACAGGGAAGAGGUGCUGAAGGCCUGUGAGGACUUUCAGAAUGACUCUCAGGGCUCCAGUAAUGGGCUUCUGUCAGAUGUUCACGAGGAGAAAAAAGAAAGUGAAGGGAGUGACAGUGAUGAAAAGCCUGUUGAAGUUCUCCUCACUGCUCCUACGGGGAGAGCUGCUUCACUUCUUACCAAGAGAACAGGUUUCACUGCUUAUACUAUGCACCAGGUUUUAUGGAGUUUCAUGAACACAAAAAAAGAUCCAAGUGGAAAUCCACAAUCAUGGAAGUUCUCAAAUGUGCGGGUGCUGGUGGUGGACGAGGGAAGCCUGGUGUCUGUUCAGAUCCUUCACUCCAUUCUCAGCAUGCUUACCAAACACUCAGAACUCCAGAAGUUCAUCAUUUUGGGAGAUGUGAGGCAACUGCCCAGCAUCGAGCCUGGAAACACACUGUGUGAUCUGUUUGAAGGUCUCAGGAAGAUCCAGUGGGCCAUUGAGAUGCAGACCAACCAUCGCGCAGAAUCUGAGCUCAUCGUCAGAAACUCUGGACUCAUCUCAGAGUUGGCUAAAAAAAGGCAUUACAGUCCUCUGGAGUUUGAUGCCACCAUAAACAUGAUGAGACCUUCCAAAGUGCCAUCGGACAAAAGGUUUAUUUUUGUCAAAAUCUAUGGUGAAAAUGAUAGAUUUGACCUCCAGGACGCCAUUACAUUCUUACUUAAUGAAGCUCCUGGACUAGAGGGUGAUAAAUUGUCACAAUUUGUGGCUUUCAGGAGGAUGGACUGCGAGUUGAUCAAUGAGCUUUGUUGCAAGCAUUAUUCUAAACAUAUCACAAGGACUCCCAAAAACAAAUUGAACUUUCAACCAAAGGAUAAAGUUUGCUGCACUAAGAAUGGCUACGUCACAGAACAUGAGAAGAAAGAAGAAGGGACUUCCUUUGAUACUGCCAGAGCUGUACAUGAUAGCACUAGAUCUUCCCAUGAUAAUGCCGGAAACCAGAGUCAAAAUGAACAGAUAAAAGAGAAGAAAGAGCGACUGUGCAAUGGGGAAAUUUUCUUUAUUAAAGAUGAUGUGACUGAGGAGGAAAGCUGGAAAAAGACACGCUACCUGACACUAGAUGAUGAUAACGGGCGUGUGGUGACUUUUAGCUACAGGGAGCUACAGAGAGAGUGUAAACUGCGCCAUGCUUGGGCAAGAACCAUUCACACCUUUCAGGGCUCAGAGGCUGAAACUAUUGUGUACAUUCUUGGAGACAGCAGAGCUCAAAACUGGCAGCACGUAUACACUGCAGUGACACGCGGCCAGAAACGCGUGUAUGUGGUGGGUAGAGAGCGUGAUCUAGAAGGAGCCAUCAAGAGAUGGAUCACCCCUCGUAACACACGGUUGUGCCAUUUCGUCACAAACGUAGUUUCCCAGCAAGGUCCGGAAGACUCUUUGACUCAGUCUGCCUGCAGUCAGAGUCAAGUAGAAACUCCUGUGAACCACAAUUUCGGGCCUUCACAGUCCACACCAGUGGCCUUGCAAACCCCCAGUCGCCCACAGAAGCACUCCAGACCUUCAUGCGCACAAAACCUCUACGAAAGUGGACAAAGCCAUCCAACUUCAAAUAGCUCUUUACAAGAGGAUGUGGCAUUCAGUCAAACCUACUCUUGGUCGCCUAUGGACAGUUGCGCUGAGCCAAGCAAAGUGCAGAAUGAAAAUGCAUCCGAAUCAUCCAAUCAUGUUGAAGAUGCAACGCUGUUAGCGGCAGUCAGCUGUUCCUCGAAUGAAUGCAGUAGGGGCUCUAAACGGUUAAUUCUUGUGGACACCUGCAGUACGCCGACUAAACUACCAAAGCAAACCACUUCUGAAGAGUCUCCUCUGGGCAGCUCGAGGCUGAAGCUUCUGUCCAUUACCAGUCCCAGCUCCAAAUCCAGCAGGCAGCUUUUCCCAGACAGUACAUGUUCUCACAGGGAACAGCCUUAAGAGUGGUCAGUGCCAGACCCAACAUGCCAAAGCUGGAAAUAACUUUAAUUAAUGCGGGUUGUUUGGUUUUUCAGGAUUUGUAUGAGUAAGAGUUAGCUUUUUACGUAAGGAUUAAUUAUGAAUAUUUUGCUAAUUUAACUCUUCUGUUAUCUAAAAUGGUACUU